AUGGCGUUCAAUCCAUGGCAAGACAUCCUUGAUCAACAUGUUUCAAUCGUCACGUUACUGGAGGCCCAUGCCUCACUACUUGUGGACUCCAUGAGCCAACAUGUUACGGGAGAAAGUUCGGCACAAAAACUACUAGAGACCCGCCUGGAGAAGACGGAAGGUCUGAUCUUGUUCUUCAGAGAAUCAGCCUCAGCAUUGGGAGAGAUCUCGAAUGCCACGGCAAACGGACAGUCACAAUCAUCAGCUCCAAUUACCGAACCGCCCACAAACUUACACCCUUCGACUGCUCCGGAACCCACCGUGGAUGCCAGUGGUCUGUUCUCCGUUGACACGAAUCCAACCCCGUUCGAGCAUCUAUAUCAGCCCAAAAAUGAUGAACAACCAUCAAGAAGUGGGUUGAAGAGGAAAAUCGCUGAUCUGGAGGCACCAUUUGAAGCCAUCGGACUAUCAGAUCAACAACAUACUCCGAAGAAGCAGCGAAGCCACGUGCAACCUAACAGGGUGGUUCAAGACGCAGACGACUUCUUUGAUCGGGGAGUGGAAGCGAAGCUCAAAGCAAAAGCAGAGCGCAAAAAGGCCCGUGAGAAUAAAAAGCGCAAGAGAGGAAGUGAUACAUCUUCCUCCCGUGUAACUGUCAAGGGUCCCAAGAACAAAAAGCAAAAGCAAAUCCAUGAUAUGAAGAUUGAAUAUGGGGUUCAGAUGAGCCAGGGACCAAAAAGACAGAACAGUGACGGUAAAAAGUCCAAUGCAGAGACUAGCAAUGGCGGGAAACAGCCAAACAAGAAAAGGAAGAAGUCCAGGUGA